AUGACUGUUGAUUUGGACAACGUUUCCAUGGCUUCAGGGGAAGCAAGCAUCUCUUCCUCUGCCAAUGAAACAAAACCCGCUCCCAAGAAAAAAAGAAGCCUCCCUGGCAUGCCAGAUCCUGAGGCAGAGGUGAUUGCUUUGUCGCCGAAGACGCUGUUGGCGACGAACCGGUUCGUGUGCGAGAUAUGCAACAAAGGGUUUCAGAGAGACCAGAAUCUGCAGCUUCAUCGGCGAGGUCACAACUUGCCGUGGAAGCUGAGGCAGAGGUCUACCAAGGAGGUGAGGAAGAGAGUGUACGUGUGUCCCGAAUCCACGUGCGUGCACCACGAUCCUUCUAGAGCCUUGGGGGACUUAACGGGGAUCAAGAAGCACUUCUGCAGGAAGCACGGUGAGAAGAAGUGGAAAUGCGACAAAUGUUCCAAGAAAUACGCCGUUCAGUCCGAUUGGAAGGCGCACUCCAAAGUCUGCGGCACUAGAGAGUAUAAGUGCGAUUGCGGAACCGUUUUCUCCAGGAGGGAUAGCUUCAUUACGCAUAGAGCAUUUUGCGAUGCGUUGGCGGAGGAAAGUGCGAGAUCUCACACUGUUGUUGCCAAGGCUAAUUCGGAGAGUGAUUCAAAGGUUUUAACCGACUCGCCGCCGUCUCCGGAUGAGGCGGCGGCGGCUACUACCACCACCCCAGCGCCGCCAAAUAGCGUCAUAUCUUCUGGUGUGCUGACGCAGAAAAUAGAGUUUCCAGAAAAUAAUUCCCCACAAGCCAUUGAAGAGCCACAAGCUAUUACUGCUAUUAGUGGUAGCAGCAGUAGCAACUGCUCAACAAGCAAUGGUGGUGCUACCGGUAAUAGUAUUAGCAAUAGUAGUGUGUUUGCAAGUUUGUUUGCUUCUUCAACAUCAUCGGGGACCAUACAAUCCCAAACACCAGCAUUCAGUGACUUAGUUAGAGCCAUGGGGCCUCCAGAUCACCCUGCAGAUAUCAUAGUUCCCUCUUCAUCUGAGGCCGUAUCUCUUUGCCUCUCCACCAGUAUUGCCACACCAAUUUUCGCAACAGGAGGGCAGGAGCACCGGCGGUAUGCCUCGACUCCUCAACCGGCCAUGUCAGCCACCGCAUUGCUGCAGAAAGCUGCUCAAAUGGGUUGUGCAGCCACAAAUGCCUCUCUGCUGCGCGGGUUUGGCAUUGUGUCAUCAUCUUCAGCUUCAACCUCAUCAGGGCAGCAAAAUGGUCUGCAAAGGGGUCAGCAGCAGUUAGAAUCUGAGAGUGGUUCGGUUCCUUCAGGGCCUGGACUUAGUCUUCCAUGUGAUGUUGGUUCUGGACUGAAGGAAUUGAUGAUGGGGACACCCUCAAUGUUUGGUCCUAGACAAACAACUCUUGAUUUUCUAGGAUUAGGGAUGGCUUCUGGUGGGGGCUUAUCUGCACUCAUGACAUCUAUCGGUGGUGGUUUGGAUGUUACUGCAGCAGCCGCAACCUUUGGUAAUGGAGAAUUUUCUGGCAAAGAUAUUGGAAGGAGAAGCUCUUGA